AUGGUGGGUUUAUGGUUUGAUGGGAGAGAGAAGACACGUGCCGUUGCCGUAUUACAACAAAAGCUGAGUGAGGUCCAGAUUCAUACAUCGCCCCCGUACCGCGUCACGAAACCUUCGCUGGACGCGUCGGCGCAAGAGCCUGCGCAGGAGUUGCUCGAGCCCGCCCCAUCCUUCAAAGACAAAAAACCACUACUUAAAGGCCCCAGGGCGCAGAUUGGUUCUAGCGUGUCCGAUUCCAUCUCCUUAUCGUCUCCUCAAGCAUGCGCGUCACCCAAAGAGGAGGUCGUAGGUCCACCCGUGCCGGCCAAAGUUGCAGCUUUAUCCGAGGAGCAUCGGUCCUUCCUUCUUGGAAAGAGUCCUGGCCAACGGGCCAGGAAACGGCGGGCGAUGCUCAUAUACAUUUGCGCUGCCGAUUCACAAGACUGUUGCGCAGAGAAGGGCGCUUUACACUGCGGCGUAGCGGCGCGAUUACGAGUGCGCGCGCGCAAGCGUGGCUGGCGUGUCCACGUGGCCGAUCUGCAUUGGAGAUCACCACUUGAGCAACAGAGGGACCAUCGCUUCCCCGUACUGUGCAUUGCAGAGCUUGCGCGACAAUCGGAGCUCGGUGCGGUCGUGCCAGUACUAUUCCUGAACUCAAAUUUGGGAACACCAUUACUACCUCACACGUUAGAGUGCGCUGACUUCAAAGCGGCGUUGGAGACUGCUGAUGAUGAAAAUGAUAGAAGCUUGUUAAAUAAAUGCGUAUGUACAUGUGACAGGUACACCCUAGACAGUAGUACUACUCCGCCAUGUUACCGUCUCGUUCGCGGCGCACCAGCUCGCUGGAGGCGAGAAAUGGCACGAGCCCUUACUGUUCUUGUUAGAACUCUGCCACAAGAGGCGUGCGACGCCUACCUAACUACUGUUUUGGAACAGGAAGUCCAACACACAGUACUGAUGAGCUCGGAAACGGCGAGGCGCUGUGUGUGGGUCUGUCGGGCCGGUGCAGCACCAGAACCUCAAGAAGGACCCGAUGAACAUCACCGCGAGCUCCAGAGGAGAUUAGCUAAUUUACAGAGGGACCUCAAGUUAUAUCUAAGCGAGCGUAACGUAAUACGAGCUAGCGUUCGCGGUCGUCCACACACCAACGCCGAUGAGGAAUACACAGCGGGUGUUCGGUCGGCGCUCGGCGAGCGGCUCGACGCGCUGCUCGACGGACUGAUGUCGGAUAGCGACGGACCGGCCGGCUACUGCGGGAUCCCGGCUAGCUUGUUUGAAGAAAUAUCUGAACAUCUGUCAUUCUGUCAAAAGGCCACGCAAUGUACUUCGAACAGGGAGAUCACACUUAACGAAUUAAAAACAUAUGUACAAAGCGACAGUUCUAUCCCACUCGUGGUACUGGGUGGGGCUGGAUGUGGAAAGGCGACACUAUUGGCGCGAGCUGCGUCGCUGGCUCAUACUUGGCUAGACGAUCUGGCUCUUAUUGUUAGGUUUGUUGGACUUACAUCACAAUCCAGUAGCUCUCACCAGUUACUAAAGUCCGUUGUAGAUCAGUUACACGUACUUCAUACGGGAACAGUGUACAGGGGAAAAAAUGAGGUGACCUCGCUAACAUCAACUUUGGCCAGACUUCUAGCAGCUCUAGGUCGCUGUAGACCGGUCUUAGUCUGCGUGGGCGGAGCUGACGCACUACGAGGAGCUCGCUGGCUACCUUCGCGUUUACCUGAAAACGUGAAGAUGAUUGUCACUGUUACCGAAGAAAAAGACGAGCCUUCAAGCUCGGCCAUCAUGGCGGUACUUUCGUCAGAAGACGGGCCUAAAGUGGUCCGCGCACCGCCCGUCGGCGCCGAAGAAGCCAAAGCUAUGCUGACAGCUUGUGCAGCUACCUACAGCAAAACGGGUGCUGCAUCGCCUUCCGAAGCUGUUGUGAAAGCGGUACAGAAAUGUACACUGCCAUUAUAUUCGAAGAUUCUAGCAUGGCAGAUAUCCCUAUCAGCUGAAACCUUCACGGAACAGUGUGAAACGGAAGCGCUGCACGAGGUGGUGAUCUGCGAAGAACUGGAGUCUCAGCUGGAACAGAUCUUGAUAACAACGGAGGUAGCAUUAGGCGCAGAUAGGGUUAAAGCGUGUCUCUCUCUGCUCACCGCGUCCAGACGAGGCCUGGAUGAUACAGAAAUCCUGGAUAUGCUGGCACACGACGAACUUUUCAGAAGUGAAGAGACUUAUUUACCAUGGGCCCCAGCUGCACUCCUCUGGCCGCAAUUAACAGCACUGCUAGCUCCCUGGCUCAGGUGGGACUUUCGUGGCGCCGCGAGAUGGCGUGACGCCGCUCUUGCUGCUGCUGCAACUGACAGAUAUCUCACUGAUAGCAAUACAGCUAGGGAAAUUCUCGUUCAGUAUUUCGAGGGUGCGUGGCACGGCGACGAUGAUCCCAAAAUGGCUGGACGUCUCAUUUCCCAGGAAAACAAGUUCUCCGACGAAUAUUACAACACAAGAAAACUAGACGAACUGCCAUUCCAGCAUUAUCAUUUAUUGAAGGAGGAUCCCGAGGCGUUUGCAAAUAAACCGUAUUUCACCAAACUGGAUUGGGUUCACGCGAAACUAGCCGCUACCGACUGCGGACACUUUCUAGAAGAUAUAGCCCUCGUACAUAUCGACCCGUUACCGGAACACAUAGAUAUCCUCAAAGAAGUCUUCGAAACCCACUCCUACGCUCUAGACUACGACCAUAGACAAUUCUACGGCCUCCUCAGAACGACCAUAGAGAGGAGGCAGCGUGAGGGCAUAGACAUCCAGAGUGACGUCGUACAGGAUUGGAUGAGAGAUAUUUUCGAUCCGCCGGUCCCAACGUUUUACCCAAUGAACGAAGACUUCUGGAAAGUCAUGGAAAACAAGGAAAAGCGAGAUUUCUCAGUAGUCGAGGGUUUCGACUCAAAGCCUUUUGAUUUAAUUGUUCGCUUUGAUACGAGAGGCAAAUUCAUCGCUACCGUGUCUACGGAAAGGGAAGAAAUAUGCGUUUGGGAUGUAUCUAGGUGUAAAUUAGUGAGAAAAAUAGUGGGAGUGACGCAUCCGAUAAACUUAGUUCCGAUAGACGAGUAUCGGUGUGUCGUGCUCUGUAGACGAGAAUUGAGGGUCUAUGAUUUGGAUCAGGGCAAAUUCGUAGUAGCGUUGAAAGGAGUGAUGAACCAAAAGAUGCCUUACUACGGUCUACACGAUUCGAAGCAUUUGGUCGCCCUUUCCAGAAAUCGGAUGUAUGUUAAUCUUAUGAAUAUCGAGACGGGCGAUUGUGUUACAACUUUCAAAGCUGGCGAAGAUCGAUUUUUGAAUUCCCUUCUGGUUUCUGGUGAUGGAAGAGUGCUGGUCUGCGGUGAUGAAACGCAAAAACCAUUUCCCCUCUUGGUAUGGUCUCUUACAUCGCGUAAAUUGUUGUAUGAUCUACGGAUACCUCAUCACGACUUUAUAACUUCCAAAGCUGCCAUUACGUAUGAAGGCUCGUACGUGUGCGUGGUUUCCCGUGAGUUGGACGAGCCGAGUCCCAAUUUCAUAGUCGUGUACGACCUGCAAUCUGGUACACUGUUCAAGAAGUGGAAGCCGGGAUGUGACACGGUGGCCCUGGCUAUCAGCUCUGUAGACGGCUGUGUGGUCUCAGCGCUCGCUGAUACGAGGAUAUUAGUCUGGGAUUUGGUUACAGGCAACUGUCGCCUCUCGCUGAGCGGUCACGUGUGUGCGGCGACACAGCUUCGUUUGGCAAAAUCCGGAGCCCUGCUUUUGUCCGCUGAUUUGUCCGCCACAGACCUCUCCGUCCGCCUCUGGGACCUGCAUUCUGGAAAACUAAUAGCUGUGUACACACCACCCGAACGCAUAACCUCGUGCGAAAUCCUGCUAGGCGGAUCCAUUUUAGCCCUCGCGUUAGAGAAUUACAAAGAAAUAGUGUGCGUCAAACUCUACGGCCCCACUGUGGACUCUGUGAAAAAUGGCCGCGAAAUAGAAUACGACGACGAAGGGUACGGCCACACUGAGUACGAAGGGAAGACCUUUGAAAUCAAGGAGACAUGA